AACAGAUGGUAUUUAAAAACAUUUAGCGACAUGGAAAACAAAGCUCAGCCUACAGAUGAGUGUAGAUUCUCUGUGGAACUAACAGUUGACGACUCAUCGCCUGAUCUAGAACCAGUCAAACCAGAGAAGCCCCGUCUGGCUUGGCUCAUAGUGGACUUCACUUGUUUGCUAGUUGUUGGGUUGGUUUGUCUUUUAUUCAAACUAGUUGCCGUUCCAUAUCACCGAGGGUUUUAUUGUGAUGAUGAUAGUAUUAACAAGCCAUACAAAGAAAGUACUGUCCCAUCUUCGGUGCUCUAUUCCGUUGGCUUUGCUCUUGCUUAUCUGGUGAUCUGUGUCACAGAGCUGUGUAGCCAGCGACGACAUAAAAGAUCUUCAGAAUACAGUGAAUAUGUCCCCUUUAAAUGGCUGAAGCUCAAGCCGAACCAUAUUAAUCUAAUCAACCUCUUGGUUUCUUUUGCCUUUGGAGGGCUUGUCACUAUUUUUGUCACUGAUAUCGGAAAAUACACAGUCGGACGAUUAAGACCUCAUUUUCUGUCAAUCUGCCAAGCUCCAUCUUCUGUAUUUUUGAACUGCAGUCACACAUACAUCACGGACGAUGUGUGCACAGGUGACCCAGGUUUGCUUAGAGAAGGACGCUUGUCAUUUCCAUCAGGCCACGCUUCAUUCUCAGCAUAUGCCGUGACAUUUACAAUUCUGUAUAUGGAAAUCAUGAUCAAUUUCCCCCAUAGCAGGUUUCUGAAGUUUUCCCUCCAACUGUUUAUUGCUCAGUUGGGUGUUCUGUGUGGGCUGUCCCGCAUUAGUGACUACAAGCAUCACUGGAGUGAUGUCCUUACUGGCUUGUUGUUGGGUUCCCUGAUUGCAGUAUUGAUGAUAGAUCGUGUCUUGGGGAUGUUUCACAAAGGCAAAGGCACAAGCAAACAUGACAGCCAAGGCUGAGGAAAUUUGAUGUAAUUAGAUAAGAAGGACAAGGCUAUUGAGCACAAAAGAGGGCAUUAUAUGUACUUCAUAAUAAAAGAAUUGCUGCCAAAAUUAUAAAUAUCUAUAUAUCAAACGAAGCAUGACUAAAUUUAAUACAAAAAAUUUAAUUGGCUUGCCUUAUAGGAAAUUUGUGGUAAAUUUUAUCAUCAAAAUGUAACUUAUAAAACUGUUACUAUGCCAAUCAAAAAUGUAGAAAUAUUAAUUUCCAAGAUGAUAUUCUUAUGUGUGGAAGGCCCGUCUGAAACUUGUGAAGGGAUUUGUAGCAGGGUGUGUGAAGGAUGGCAAAUACAAAGGUAUUUUAGACAUGCAUUUUAUUCAUAUUCUCCAGGAUAUGAUGUUAUAUUGAAUACCUCAUAACAUAUUUUGUUAUAAUUAUUUAACUAGCCACCAGGUACUUUGAAUUUUUCAUGGCAUUUCUCAAAAUCAUCUUCAGAGACAUAUCUCAUGACACAAUAGAGGGCAAACCGAUCGUAUGAACCCAGCUGGUAGUGGGAGGUUGUUGAAGGCAUGUAUUCAUUCCAAUAUCUGCCUUCAGUUUGGCUGAUUAGCUUACGGUUCAGCUCAUCGAUUCUGUCUGCAUCGAUUAACUUGUGUUUUGAUGGAUACUUUCUGCUAAAUGUGGAAUCAAACUUCCAAACGGGAUGUGCAAAUUCUACGAGAGAGAACAAAAAAUAACUAUUACAAAUGGAAUUCCUUACAGCAGCACAAAUAGAGGGCGUGUAUUACAAUAUUAACAUAGUAGAAUCCACUUAAUAUUUAUUAAGCUUUUGAUGAAUUGUGAGAAAACUUUGUGGAGGAUUCAUGCCACUGAUAGGAGUUUGAUCAAAUAAAGUCUGAGA